UUUUCCAGAGUAUUUAUUGCUUUAGUUGCUUUUGUAAAUCCUUCUCUCUUUCAAUAGCUUUGGAUGAAAAUGGCUCUGCAAAAUCAGUCUCAGUAAACUCCAGAUGCAAAAAUUUUUAAGUGGAUUUUUGUGGAAUUAUGGCAGAUACGUUCUAUCCAGGAAGUCAGAUAUAGUUUUUCAGAUCAGUUGCUUGCUAUAUUUCUCUUGACUAGCCAAUCGUAAUGGAUUUAAGAUACAAUAAACAUCGUCUGGCCUUUUUAGACCACUAUUAUUACUUUAUUUUUCCUCCUUCAAUUAGAUCAAUAGCGUUCGUCUAUUUCCUAUGUUUCCUUAUUUUUAGUUUUUCCCUUUAUUAAAACCGUUUUAUUUUAUUUAAUUGAUAUUUGUUUGCCGUGUUUUUGCAUUUAUUGUAUACUUUUUCGGCAAUUUAUUGAUUUAUUAUCACUGGCUGAAACUUAUGAUAUUUUUAUAAAGUCUUAUCUAUAUCGAACUAACCAUUCAAAUGGCCAAUUUAAAAUCCUCUCCUUUUCCACCCAAAAUGUCAUUCAAACGUGAGAUGAAAUCUUUUCUCGAAAGUCAGCAAAAACAUCAGGAAAAUUCUGCCAUGUUUUCGUCAUCUAGUGCAAUUUCAUCAGAAAACUCAGUUUCAUUAUCUCCUUUUUUACCGAAUUUAAAAGUGUCUCAAUCUUUCGAUUCUUCUGGUAGCAACUAUAACACAAAUGUUUCUUCUUUAGCUUUAUCCAGUGCAAGUUCACGUGCUUUUUCUCUCUCACCGAGUCGGAUUUCUCCCGAAACGGUUUUAACGGUUUCUGAAAGUUUUGCCGGUUUUUCGGGGGAGUCCCAAAUCAAAAAUCGCCAGGCCAUAACAACUGAAUCACCAGAUUCAGGAGUUGAUAGCAGUUCAGUCGUGGACAAUGAUGACCAUGAUUUGGACCAUGGCCGAGAAAUUGACCACGAAGUUAAAUCUAGCGAGGAAAUUGAUAUUCACACUCUUUCUCGUGACAGCAAUGAAGUUUUGGGUUCAUCGGUUGAAGCUACAAAACUGUCCAAAUACUUCGGCUCUCAGAUGGAUCCGGAGGCUCACAGAGAUUCUUCGAUGCUGAGUUUGAAAAGAAAACUGGACGAAUGUGAAUCUCAGUCCCAGUUUUCGGCUCAGGAAUCUUUUGAACUUCGGCGGCGAAGUUUGGACCCCAGUUGGUAUAUACGAUCUCGCAAAGGAUCCGCUGCACUGUCAACAUGUAGUAACGGAACAAAUGAAGGUGAAAACUUUCCCAAUAAUAAAGACCCCGAGCUGGAUUCGAACUCUGGCCCUGAGGAUGGGAACGAAGGUGAACAGAGUGACUUCGACAUGGGAAUGGAUUGUGCUUCGCUGGAAAUUAUCGAAGAUGAUGAAAGCAUUGCUGGUACACACACGACUGAGAAGGGUUCUGGAAUACCCAACAAACGUUCAAGUGCCUCAGAUACUCCUAGUGACAAAGAAUACGACGAAGACUCUGACAUUGACGAACACGUGAACACAGUUCGACAACAUAGCCUGGACGUCACCGAAAACCCGAAACAACACCGAGAAGAAUCCGAAACGAAGCGAGGCGAUGCGAAUGGUUCGAAUUUUCUGUCGAAACUUCCCAUUCCGAUCAAGUGCGAAGAAUGUGGCCACACGUUUCAUUCGAACGCUUCCUUUGCGAUUCACCAGCGAAAACACACUGGCGAACGACCGUUCGUUUGCGACGAAUGUGGUCUCGGCUUCACACAGAAAGGAAACUUGUCCCGACACAAGCAGACACAUUUAGACAGCAAGCCUUUCAAAUGCGAUCAGUGCAGUUACGCGACUAAACGCAAGGAUGCUUUGCUGACUCAUAAAUCGACACAUUUCCUGAACAAACGAUACAAGUGCACUUAUUGUAGUCAGGCAUAUAAGCAACGUCAAUCCCUUCGGGAUCAUCUGCGAGCAUGUCAUCGGAUCCCGAGCGAAGAGCUGCGCGAUAUCUUGUCCGAUAGUGUCGCUCAAGUUCAGCUUCGCUCUCUCGGCUCAUCACCCUCCCCUUCGACCCCUUCUCCACGCCCGCCACAAUCAGGGGGACUUCUUUACCCUCCUCGAGGACCGAGUCAAAUGGGGUUUGUGGGUCCACAGAAAGAUCUGGGGGUCCCAAUGAGCACUGAUUCCGCUCCGGGAAACUACGGUUUGGCGGGACUCGGAGGUGCAGUCGUGGGAAGAGCGGAACUGGAGGAGCGGCUGAGGAUACGUCAUCAGCAGAUCAUCGAUAUCAAGCAGAAAUAUGCGACCUUGCCUCCAAUUGAUGGAGCUCUGAGUCGCCGUGUGUCAUCUUAUCAACCAGUAUCACCACCAGCUUCCUCCGUAAACGAUCAUCGACAACAUCACUUGCCACGACAACAUCACUUGCUACCCGGAAACCUUUGCGACCUCACAUUAGGAAUGGACAGAAAUUUACAAAGAUCUGUGAGAGAUCGUUCUUUGCCACCUGUGGGGUUCUUGCGACAAAACCAGGGACUCAUUCACACAACUGACACUCGUGUUUUGUCAUCUCAAAGCUACUUGGGGCCUCACAGCUUACUCCCCGGAGGCUCUGGAGGUAAUUUAGCAUCUGUUUUGGCGAGAAACCUUCCACAUCGGGAGGAGCGCCAGCUCCCUUUGGGACACCCUGGGAAUCUUUACUCACAGUCGAGACAUCCUGUUUCCGUUGAUGCCACUGGGUUGCACGCCAGUGUCGCUGUGACAACCGCGCAACAUAUAAAUGCUUUAGCUGCCGCCUAUAACUUACCGGGAUACCCAUCAAUGGCAAAACCUCCGGCCGGAUUGCACGCAAAUCACUCAAAUAGCGCAGUCGCUAUUGCGUAUGCGCAUCAUCAACAGUUGGAGGCCGCGAGGCGCAUCAAUCAAAGAUUUCAACAUCAGUUGCCACCCCUAAUUAGACCACCGCAGCACAGGAAUGAUUCUAUUCUUGCCGAAGAAACGAAAAACGAUGGUACAAAUACCAAGAACGUUUUAACUGUCAAUGUUUCGCCAGUCGAUAUAUCAGAAGAAAAUCGAUCUUCCGAAAUUCCAAUAAGUGACAGCUCAAUGGACCAGGAAAACUGCCGCGUGCGGGAAUUGAACCCUCAGCCAUCAAAUAUGACACGAGAUACGAAUAAAAAAGACGCCUGCUUGUCUUGCCAAAAAGAUUCAUUGAAAUGUGAGACGUGUUGCAUUGUCUUCAGUGACAGUGUCAUGUAUACUAUUCACUUGGGUUUGCAUUCUAAGUUGGACCCUCUGAAAUGUAAUAUGUGUGGUUUUGUGGCUGAGAAUCGUUACGAUUUUGCUUCCCACAUAGCGAGAGGAGAUCACAAAACAACUUCGAGCUCUCCAUCAUCUCCCAAAAAAACUUUGUAAAACUAUUUUGUGACAGAAUUUAUCUUAGCCUAAACCUAUGUUUCUUAAUUCUUUUAGCUGUUGUUCUUGCUUUUGUAUUUAUUGAAAGUUUUUUUUUUAAUAUUGGGAUAGAUUUCAGAUU